GCUGCUGAAGGGCACGCAAACGUUCGAGUGAGUCACUGAUGGUGGGCACGUCUAACGUAAAUUAGUGUGUAAAUUUACAAACUCAAUCCACUACUUAAUUACUUUUUCAACGAUUGCGGAUUUACGGACGGUACGGGAAGACGCCAGUAUGUCUUCACUGUCGUUUUGUGCUAAACUUCAACUAAGGCAGAGUGGGAGUCUCCUGUUUCAAAUAAAUACGUGUGUUUGUCCAAGCCAGACUUUAAGGUGGCACAGCACUGACAGACGAAGAAGGGUUGUUAUUACUGGCAUAGGUCUUGUCUGUCCUCUGGGCAUAGGGACGGAUUUACCUUGGAGCAACCUAAUUAAGGGCCAGAGUGGAAUUGUGGCUCUUAGCUCGGAGGAUUAUAAAACAAUUCCCUGCAAAGUAGCGGCGUUGGUACCCAGAGGAAAUGCAGAAGGUCAAUUUAAUGAGGAAAUAUUUGUAUCUCGCGGAGAGGUAAAUAGCAUGUCACCAGCCACGGUGAUGGCACUUGCAGCUGCUAAGCUUGCCCUGGAGGACUCAGGGUGGUACCCUACAACCGCAAAGGAACAACUCAGCACUGGUGUAGCUGUUGGCAUGGGCAUGGUGUCGCUGGAUGAAAUAGUAUCUACCUCUGUAGCCUUCCAAAAAAAGGGCUACAAGAAGAUAAGCCCCUUUUUUGUGCCUCGUAUUCUUGUAAACAUGGCUGCUGGGCAUAUAAGUAUCAAGCACAAUCUAAAGGGUCCUAACCACGCUGUAUCCACAGCAUGCACCACCGGUGCACAUGCGAUCGGGGAUGCUGCAAGGUUUAUCGCCCAUGGUGAUGCAGUUGCUAUGGUUACGGGUGGGACAGAGUCCUGCGUUGGGCCGCUGUCAAUAGCUGGUUUUGCAAGAGCACGUGCUCUUGCCACCAACUGGAAUGACCAUCCCAAAUUAGCUUCAAGACCCUUUCAUCCAGAAAGAGAUGGUUUUGUGAUGGGUGAGGGAUCAGCUGUGAUCCUGCUGGAAGAACUGGAGCAUGCAGUAAAGCGUGGAGCCAGAAUGUAUGCGGAGGUGCUGGGAUACGGACUCUCAGGAGAUGCCAACCACAUUACCACACCUGCUGCAGAUGGAGAUGGAGCAUUUAGAUGCAUGUCAGCUGCCAUAAAAGAUGCUGGCAUCUCACCAGAAGAUGUGUCUUACGUGAAUGCCCACGCCACCUCCACACCCUUGGGUGAUUCAGCGGAAAAUGCUGCCAUCAAGAGGCUCUUUCACCAAAGUGCAGGAAGCCUGGCUGUGUCUUCGACAAAAGGAGCCACUGGGCAUCUCCUUGGGGCUGCAGGCGCUCUGGAGGCAGCAAUCACUGCUCUGGCUUGCUACCAUGGUAUCAUGCCCCCAACCCUCAAUCUGGACCGCACCGAAACAGAAUUUAAUUUAAAUUAUAUUCCUUGUAUAGCGCAGCCAUGGCAGACUUUGGGCCGAAGGGUGGCCCUCUCAAACUCAUUUGGCUUUGGGGGAACAAAUGCCACGCUGUGUAUUGCCAGCAUCUAAAAAUGUAAACAUUUGUAAGUGUUUAAAAGUACUUUAAUCAGGGUUUUGAAUCAUAAAGUAAUCUGCUAAAAUACAAAUUCUGUUCUCACACGGUAUUAUUUUGUUUCUAUUUGAUUUAGCUUGAGGAACUUUAUUGCAGAAUAACUUGAAGAGCUAAAAUGUUUCUCUUUCAAGUGCACCUUUUUAAUUUCCCAUAUUUUCCACACAAUAAAAUCCGGUGCGCCUUGUGUAUAGUCAUUAUGGUAAUACGUCUACCCCAAGAUGGCUCCUUCCUGGAGACAUGUUUACAAUGUUAUAACUUGCUGUUGGUUCAGUGAACUAUGUCGCUGCUUUAUUAAAUACGUUUUUGUUGCAGCUCCAAAAAAAGGAGAGCUGUGGUGUUGUUUUUUUUUAAACGCAUACUAUGAAUGUUUUUCACAGUCUCAACAAAUACAGUUACGUCUGUCCGUCUCCUUGCCUUCUCUUCUUCCUUCAACUCAAGAGGCAUUCAUGACUGCCUCAGAAAAAUGUAAAUUAACGAUGACUUCAAUGAAACUACGAAAAUGGAAAAUAAUGCAUCAAAACAGAAAAUCAAGCGAGGAAAUCGCAAAAUAAAUUCUAUAGCCCCACUACAGAAUUUAUUUUGUGAUUUCCUUGUUUGUGAAUACAGGACACAACAAAGGAAUAAAUAAACACUUCUGAGACAGUCCAGUCUCCUACAUUUUACUGACAUUUGAUCGUUCUGUUGGAUCUGCGCUCAAGGAAAUGCCCAAAUUAAUUCUGUCGGGGGGGCUAUAGGAUUUAUUUUGAGAUUUUCUGUUUUGAUGCAUUACUGUAUUUUCAAUUUUCGUAGUUUCAUUGAAAUAAUAGUUAAAUUACGUUUAUUUGGAGGCGGUCAUGGACGCCCCUCGAGUCAAAUGAAGGGCUGUGGCUCUAUCUAGUGGAUGCAUUGUAGAUUGCGCCUUAUAGUCCAGUCCGUGCAAUAUAUGAAAAA